AUGACGACCGGUUGUGGCUUUCAUGACCUGAGGUUGGCUCUCACCUUUGAGGACCACUGGCUGUCCUCACGGUGUGACACAAGAGAGCUGUCAUUCCGAAUUGGCAGCACCGAGUCUAAAGAUGGCGGCCAGAUCUUCACUGUAGACCAUUUUACAAUCCAUGAAAACUAUACGGGCAAAUGGGAUAACGACGUUGCGGUCGUCAAGCUCAACAAGCCCAUCACGUUCGGAAAGAACGCAAAAGCCAUCAAACUUGGAACAGAAAGUCUCAAAUUGGGAACUAAAGGUAUGAUAGCGGGAUGGGGAGGGAGAUCAGAAUUUGACUGGGGAGACCCGCUGAUGUACAAGGGAGCGUUGUACGGGCAGUUGAUUGGGAUCAACGAUUGCCUCUCUAGUCCGGUCGUUUACACUGAUAUUCCUGCAUAUGCUGACUGGAUCAAAAGUGCCAUACAAGAGUGA